AUGACUGGACGCGGCAAAGGAGGCAAGGGUCUCGGCAAGGGCGGUGCCAAGCGUCACCGCAAGAUUCUGCGCGACAACAUCCAGGGCAUCACCAAGCCCGCCAUACGUCGUCUUGCCCGCCGUGGCGGUGUCAAGCGUAUCUCCGCCAUGAUCUAUGAAGAAACCCGUGGUGUCCUCAAGACCUUCCUGGAAGGUGUCAUCCGCGAUGCUGUCACAUACACUGAGCACGCCAAGAGAAAGACAGUCACGUCGCUGGAUGUUGUCUACGCCUUGAAGAGACAAGGACGUGAGUUUCUAUCCUGUUUAGGUUACUGGCUGUUUUAG